CACCACGAGCCCCGUUUAUGACCCUCGCUCUCUCCCCUCCGUGAGAGGGUCCUACCACUAUCUACAUAUUCUCUAGUCCUCCAAGGACUCCAAGGAGCCUCAGUUUUAACAUGUCCAGCUUCCUCUUCUACCUAGGGGCCUCUGCAACUGCGUACCUCGGCCUCACAGUGUUCCUCAUCAUGUUGUCCUCUCGCGUCCCUGCGGCAGGCUUCUUCGGCCUCCUACUGGCAUCCUACGCCUCUCUCCUAGUUGCUGCCACUUUUGGAGUCCUGGUAUCUAUUCUGAUGCGCUUGGUCGGACAUGGCAGGAGCUCACAAUGGGCCACCGGACGGUUCUUCAAGUACUUGAUGCGAUUUACAACUGGCAUUACCUUCUCGAUCGACGAUCCUAACGACUACCUGAACAAGACACGCCCUGCGAUAUUUAUUGGGAAUCACCAGACCGAGUUGGAUGUACUGAUGCUAGGCUGCAUAUUUCCCCACCAUUGCUCGGUAACUGCGAAGAAGUCGCUGAAGAGUAUGCCCUUCUUGGGUUGGUUCAUGUCUUUGUCCGGAACGGUCUUUAUUGACAGGGCAAAUUCUACGAAUGCGAGACAUGCCAUGGCGGGAGCAUCGGAGGAAAUUACAAGGGAGAGGCAGAGUGUAUAUAUGUUUCCCGAGGGAACAAGAAGUUAUGCGAAGGAACCAAUGUUGCUACCUUUCAAGAAGGGCGCUUUCCAUUUGGCGGUCCAGGCAGGCGUACCAAUUGUGCCAGUAGUAGUUGCAAAUUACUCGAAUGUUUUGUUCCUCCCAGGGUGGAAAUUCAAGGCUGGUGAUAUCCCCAUCAAAGGUAUGUUUCUCGGCUGGUAUGGAACAGGUCUGUACUAAUUCUUGUAGUCUUGAAACCAAUCGAGACGAAAGGACUCCAGCCAUCAGAUGUCGAAGACUUGGCCCGAGAUACCAGAGAACUGAUGCUCCGGGAGAUAGUUGCCAUAACAUCGAAGGCGAGAGGUCGCCCUGUUGCAAUGCCGGCCCAGAACUCGGGAGAUGGAGUUGUGAAAGCGAGCGGUACAGAAGCAACAAUAUCAUAGUGGGAGACAAACUCGCCAGCCCGCAUGGAAGCGGUAUGUCGUCAGCCGAAAGCACUGACUUCCGCUGCGUGGAAAGAAGUAUCGGAAUUAGGAAGCAUGCAUCAUGGCAUGUUCGGCGUCAAGGG